UGCGCGUCCUGAACAAAGCGCCUGUUUAUAAGAAGGCGGAACAGGACAGUGCCCUGGUGGAUUGUGGAAGAAAGUGGAAGAAAACGCGGUUUUAUGAAAUAAGGCUGUAGUAAAUAAGAAAGUGAAGUGUGUGUGUUAGUGGGAUGGAGGCUGAGAGCUCGACGCCGGAGGAGAGAGGAGUGAGUGCGGCGCAGAGAAGAGCAGAAAUCCGCCGCAGGAAACUCUUAAUGAACUCCGAGCAGAGGAUGAACAGAAUAGUGGGCUUUAAUAAAAAUGACGGAGAAAACAGCGAACCCCAGCGUGUGACAGAGCCACGGUUCCACCUGGACUUGGACAGGAACGAGUGUUUCUCCUCCUCUAUGUCCACUAAAAGGGUGUCUCCAUUUGUCUCAGAGGCUCGGAGCGAGGGAUCGGUGUUAGAUGAGAGGAGGGAGGAGGAGGGGGAGGAAACAGAGCGAGGGGUUCGGCUCAGGCCACGGGGGGAGACAUCGAGUGAAGAACGCUCUCGCUCCCCUCGCAGGGGCCUAAACACCUACCUGUCUCGCUUUGAUGAUGCAAUCAAGCUGCGGGGUCAACUGGCCACUGAGAAGGUGUCUCAGGAGAGCGGUGCAGACGCGGAAGAGUUUGAUUCAUUUCGGCUUUUCCGGCUACUUGGCAGCGUGGUGUUAGCCGUGUGUGUACGCGUAUUUGUCUGUCACUACCUGUCCAUAUUCGCACCCUUUCUCACCCUGGAGCUCGCCUACAUGGGCUUAUACAAAUACUUCCCAAAGGUGGACAGGAAGAUGAAGACGACGGUGCUGUCUGCAGCGCUGCUCCUCUCAGGGAUUCCAGCUGAAGUGAUUAGUCGCUCGGCAGAAACCUACAGGACGAUGGGAGAUGUUUUCUCUGAUCUCUGUGUUUAUUUUUUCACCUUCAUCACCUGCCACGAGAUCAUUACUGCUUUCUCCUCUCAGUCCACCUAAAUAACACACACACAUGCGUGCUUUGUACAGCACAAACACUUCAUACACACAAGUAACAUACAUCAGCAUGUUUAUUACAGCUAACUGCAGUAUUCCAAUCCUGCUUUAAAUACGUCCCCUUUGGUUAAGUCCCCCUGGUCACUUUAUCAGCCGUUUGCCAGUUGAAGCUGUUUACAAAGGAACUUUUAACAGACCUGACAGUCAUGAUUGGAUUUUAAUCCUCCAUCUUUACUGCUGGAGGUGCACUACUACUCAAUGCUAAUGAAUUAGCAGGCUAGCUAAUUAGCAUGAUAGCUAGUCAGCAAACUGUACAGAAAUUGUGUGUUUGAGACUUCAGUACAGUGUUCUCCCUGCAGUGUGUAUGUGUGUGUUCCUGUUCAACAUCCCUACACGCUGCGCACUACAUACUUCUCCCCUCAGGCUUAGUACACACUGCUGCUGUUGUGCACUUAAGCAUUAUUAGGGGAGAACAUAAAUGUGUUUGUGUUUGCUGAAAUGCGAGUUAAUAAGUGUCAUAGUGUUUCGCUCCUCACUGUGUUGCUGGCUUGUUUGUGAUGUGACAUUUUUUGGGGAUUUUUUUUUUUAAAAAACUCUGUUAUUAAUGUUAUUUAUGCUGCUUACUUUUAUGUAAUUAUUCUGUAUAACAAUCACUGCUGCCUGUUACUGCAAAAUUACUGUUCAUUAUAAGACAAAGUGUGAACAAUAAACUUCAGUAAACAGUCA